GCAUCAUCUUGCUGAUUAUCUUUACAGAGAUAAUCUCAGAUCAGCAUGAGCAGAAUUUUGAACGCUAUUCGCUCCUCCGAAUCAGAAGUCAAGCCAUCCGAUGAUCCAAUCGCAAAUAAUAUUCUUGACUCAUUGCGCAAGACACGCUGGAAAUUAUCAAGAAUCGAGCGGCUUUCCGGAAGUCAUGGCAACUUCAUCUAUCGAGGAUGGCUCAAGAGACCAGACAAAGACAGCUAUGACACCAUCGUAAUCAAGCAUGCUGAACCGUACGCUGCUUUUGAUAAUUCUCUCAAACUUGACGUAGAGCGAUCAGUUUACGAGCGGAUGAUGAUCGAAUCUCUAGCAGAUAAGAAUACAACCAAGUAUGACCGUUUUAUCGUGAGAACACCAAGGUUUCUGUCAGCGGAUCAUUACCCCAACACGAUACUUAUGGAAGACUUGCCAGGAUCACUUACCGUCAAGGAAUACCUCUAUAGAUAUGGGGAAACCAUGCUGCCAGCUACUGCCAGAGAAUUGGGAAUUACUCUUGGCAAGUGGCUGAAGGAAUAUCAUCUGUGGCUUAAUGGUAAUGACGAGAAAGCCAUGCUCUUGAAGCAAAGAAUAAAGGGAAAUACCUCCAUGAUUAGUUCCAGAGAACAAAUGUACAUCGGCAGCUACAGGAAUGCAAUGAAGCAGUUCCCAACAGUGACUUGGCCUGGAAGUAGACAUCUUGAUCAAAUAGAAGAUGACAUCAAGAAAAUAAGUCGUGAAGGUGCAUCGGGUAUCCAUGGCGAUUUCUGGACAGGCAAUAUGAUCCUGAAAGAUAAACCUCUAGCUUCUCAAGAUGGCAAAACCCUCUACCCCACGAAGAUCCUCAUCCUCGAUUUUGAGGCCUCUCAACCCGGCUCACGCCCGCAAGAUCUUGCACAAUGUCUUGCGGAGCUGUAUAUGGAACAUCACUUUUACGGCGCAUCUGCGCCUCUGCAAAUCAUGCAAGGUCUCAUUCAUGGAUACUUCAGCCCAACGGAAAUUCCCGAUAAAUACGAUCGAACAAAAAGCACGGUAGACCCAGCAAGUAUAUGGUCCGAGAAAGAUCGCUUGAACUUUGCACUAAAUACUGCUAUGCACUUCGGAAUCCAUCUUGUUGUGGUUCCAAACCGAGCUGGAUGGCCGAAGGGAGAGAAGAUGGUAGCUUGUGCCCGGUUGGGGAACGACUAUUUGCUUAAUGGACAUAACGCAGAUUGUCCUCGAUUCAAGAAUGGACCGCUCCACGAUCUUUUCCCCUCGUUCCCACCCCCACCAAAGGUCAACCGGAUGGAGGUAGUUAAGAGACAAAAGAAGAAGUCGAAACUUAAGGCAUUAUUCUGCGGUUGUUUUGGUGAAUAAGAUGUCUCCACGACGCUUUCAAAAAUUUUUGUCCGAGCUGGCAAUGUGAUUCUGACACCUCAAAUUGCGCGAGAAAGAUAUUAUUUGGCGUGUAGAUGAUGGUCGAAGGUGCGACUACGUUCACAGCACAGCAACUACAAUAUGUUGAAUAUUCUCAGACAUUAGAAAGCCGUCCUCCCCCCUUAGUCGUGUCAGCUCAUCCAUCCAGGAAGCUUUGACCUUCUCAAAUCUGUCUUUUGGGAGCUCAUCAAUCCCAAAUGAAAGCCACUUGUGCACUUCCA